UACAUCACUUCCUGGUUUAGAUUCCAUGCUUGUUUCGUCUGUCCAAGGGGUUCUGCACGUUUUUCCUCGUUUUAAGUAAGUUGAUUUUUAAGAAUAUCCUUUCAUUUACAGGUGAAAUAAUAUGUUUUUGUCAGUGGCAUAAUGAGAGCAAAAUUGAGCACGCGACUAAAGAUCUGAACAGAAGCAGUUGGUCGUCAACAUAACAGGUUAAGUUGUGGGAGAGGAAAACUUUUAUUGUAUUCCAGUUAAAUAGAAAUGUUCAGGAGCAUCUGAAGUUAAUAUUUUAGUCUUUUUUUUUCGUCGCCAUUGUCCCAAUGUCUGUAAUGUACGAAGUUUGUUACCUUUGUGGGUGUCUGAAGCUGUUUUUGCAUUAUAUAUAGUAAGUACUUUGUGUAUUCACGUUUUUAAUUUUAGGUUUGAAUCAUGGCCAAAGACAAAUCUUCCAAACUAGACACAGUUACCCCCAAAAGGAAAAAGUUAACUUCGGAUACCACUGAGGUUCAUCAAGAAGAAAUGGUGGAUGUCAAAGCAAAAAAGAAAAAAAAAAAGUUGGAAAUAGAGGUGAGCAUCAUAGUUCCUUAUAUCUGUGUCUGUUCAUUCAGUACUACCUAAAUUCUCCUAAAAAGCAUUGACUUUUUUUUUUUCAGGAGGCUCCAGUGCAGGUCACUCCUGAGACGAUUAUUGUGAAGGAUAAAAAACAUAAAAGAGAAAAGAAAAGGAAAAAGAAACAAACGACAGAGGAAAUAGAGGUAAGACUACACAGAUUUUAUGCUUCUGUUUCCUGUCUGUUACUAAUCACAUUAUGAUCUUAACUGAGGCUUUUAGUUGAACUAGAAAAAUCGUGUUCACAGCGCCUGAAAGUAACAACGAUGAGGUCUGCUGUGUCUAUUGAAAAUCCAUCUACUCUUUUGCUGUUUUGAGUUUAAAGUGAAGAUGAAGAAAUGAAGCUUGGAUAUUACACGUCUUUCCUUUUUUGAAGUUUUCUGUUUCAUUUUAAAGAUGACAUAUUGCCAAAAAUUGUGUGCCCGUGUUGCAAGGGUUGGCAUGUAUUACCAUAAACCACAGUGUUAUAUGGUUUUAGCAGGGAUUUUUUAAAUGUAACACCAGCUUUGAUUCUGUAGAUACUUUACAACACAGACAUACUGAACAACUUUACCAUGUCAAGUAUCAGAUCACGUCAUUCUUUUAGCACUGAAACAAACUGACUUUUAGCCGAAGACUUGUAUCACAGACUUGUAAUACAUACUUAAGCUUCAGUGUAAAAUUACAUAAAUUGACCUUAGUUUGCUUGCACUGUAAGACGGCUCUGAUUUGAUCCUUUCUCUCAUUACUGUAGAGGCUAAAACUUGGUUGUCACAGUUGACCUAGACUCCUGUGUUAGUCCUAACCAAACUUUACAAUAAAAAACACAAAACGCUACGCAAGCACAAAGAUAUAACUCAUACACUCAAUGUUUUCAUUGUAGCUCAGCUUUUAUUUAUAUUUAGUUACUUUAAACGUUGUCAUUGUAUUGAUGAGUAGAAGUUUUAUGAUGACAAGGAAAUGAAACCAAAUUGUUGAUAGUGGCACUGUAGUAUGAAUACCACUGUUGUUUGUAGAGCAUUUAAAAAUACAAAGCUCUUACACGGUGUCAAACCUGCAAAGAGUACAUUAAUUUGCAACCAUCCAGUCUCUGAACUUUAUUUGUCAAACAGGGAAGGAAGUUAGGAAUAAAUGUGUUUUGUGUAAGUGAGAGUGUGCAGGAGUUUUCCCCUUUUUUAUUGCCUGAGUCGUUUUAUACCUUCCUGUUUUAUAAAUUUGAUGUGCUAAGCUUUUUUAAUGCUUACUUUUUAGGUUUGAUUACUUUUUGAUAAUAUAUUUCAACUCUGUUUAUUUGCCUGCUUUGAUAGGACAACUGAAGAGGGGGCAGGAAAUGUAGAGAGCAGACUGAGAGAUGAUAUGCAGCAGGUUAGGAGGAGUCAAACCAGGACUGUAGCCACUGUUUAAACUGAGCUAGUGCCCUGAUACAUACUCAAUACAUUAAAAAAUGACACACAGGGAUUUUCUGAUUCCAUCUUACUGUUUCUAGGCUUCUUAAAACAAUAAAUAUUUGCCACAGAGCAUCUGUUUUGAUCUGACACUAUAUAUAAAUGAUCAUGUUGAUGCUGCAAAUUUGGCAGUGUAUAUUUAUGUGAUAUUUCUAUCAGAAGUCAUAGUUGGAAAGAGAAUCUGGUUGACUUAAAUUGUUGCCACUAUGAUUUCAAUGAAUGAGUGGGUGAGUCAGGUCUGACAUUUAACAUGAAGUCACCUCCCCUUGCUGAGGGCCUGCUUGCUGGGUAGAGAUGGUCCCUGGUUUGGUGCCAUUUUGUGCAAGCAUGCUGCAAUAUGUCCUCUAUACAACUCAGUUACCCUGAGUCGUACCAGUCAGGUUUUGAAACCUGUAAGCUAUAAAGCAUCACUUGUAUGUGACUUGUUUUGGUUCUUAGACAGAAAUGAAAGUCUUACUGUGAUGAAUAUUGACAAUGUUGGUCUAAACUUAGAGUCUGAUUUUCUGUUUUCCCUGACUAAAUGUUUCCUAUGUUGUAUUCAGGGGCUUGCAGAGCUUUUUCCUGGCAAUUUGUCUGAAUGGGCUUUUGUACGAAUCAUGUUCAUGCAAACAGAGUCUUUUUUUCCACUGAAAGAGGUGUGUCUAAGCCUGUUGUAGACUUAUAAAACAGCUCACACCACCAAGUAAAAGCUUUUUUAAAUGGCUUAUUAAUAGUGGUUGAUUUCCAACCUUUAUAUGGGCAUACUCUUUGUAUAUAAAGUACUAAAGGAUAAAUAGACUGCACUGCACUUUAAUCAGCAAAUUUCUUGUCUUGAGGCAACUCAGUGGUUUUCCCUGACAAGCCACAUUCAGCCAUUCCCACACAUUUAUAUACUGAUGUCAAAGUACUCAUCAGUACUGACCGAUCCCAUCUCUUGUCUUAUGUCUGUGCCUUCAGGAGCAAUUGAGGAAUCAUGUAGGCUCCAGGAUAGAACCAUCACCCCCCCAACUUAGACAACCCACUGAGCCACAGUUGCUUUAUCACACCAGAAAAGAGAGUUUCAAUACAAUUAAAUAUAACAGCUGCAUUUAAUUUUAAAAAAUGGUAAUUAUAACAAAAUAUGGAAGUUACAAAAAAGGGACACUACAAGGAGAAUGCAUGAGUAUAAAAAACAAACAUUAACAUGCUGGCAUAUUAGGUUAUGGGGUAAGAAAAGCAUUGAAAGUAAGCCUGACACUUCAAAUAUGUCAUAUCUCCCAGUCUUUGUUUUUUAACAAUGAAAACUCUCAAAACUAGAGUUGUAGUCUUUUAUGACUCGAUGUCCUGCAGGGUGUCUGUGAUCUCGAUGUGUGGAGCAAUGAUGUUCCUGUUUGGCUGCGUGCGCCCUGAGCUCCUGCAGCAGUCCUUUAGUUGCCUGAACACUCCUUGUAGACUCUCUCUGCAUGGCCUGUGCAUGAACAACACAAGCAGUAGGCUGACACUGCUCCCUGAGAACAGCACAAACUCAGCUACACUCAGAAACGCCUGCUCAUGAUGGCUCAGCCUGAGUGUGUCCCUCUGUAGCUGUGCUCCUCUCAGCAGGGCUACACUGUAGAAGAGCUGGCAGAAAAACAAGACCAUGGUCACUGUUAGGAACAUGGGACCCUCCUCUGAACCGGAGAGGAAUCGACCUUUGGAUUUCCACUGCCGAACACAGCCACCAAUUAGGAGUCCUAGCUGUAGGAUGUAGGGGAUCAAAAACACCAGACACAGUCGAGCAGCCGCGUAUGAAACACCAGAAUCUACUGGAUCCAUGAAACAAGUACGCACUUCAUGGAGAUCAUCGAAUGGUCCUCGAGCUCCAGCCAGCAGCACAGAAAUCAGCACUGAUGUCAGAAUCACCAGAGCCACACAGACAGCAGGCUUCCUUAGUAGGGCGUGUGACGGCGGAUCCAGAGUGAGAAUGUAAGCCAUGAGGGCCAACACCAACAAGCCACACAGAGACACCGUGUUGAUGAAAAAGGACAGAGCAGCACAGCCUAACCCUGUGGUUCGCAGGUAGUCAGGUCUGUGAGCUACAGCAUGGAGAGAGAGACACAGGAGGACAAGCUGGAAGCCACAAAAGGCCCAGAGGAGGCAGUCGAGCCAGGCCAGACGUCUCUGAGCUCUGUAGGUCUGAAUGAAGCUGUAGAGCAGGAAGCAGCUGGCAAUGAAGCCCAAAGACGCAAAGAAACUGUAGAUGUAAUUUGCUCUGGAGGUAAUGCCUUCGGCUGCAAUACGGUCUAAUAUGUCAUUUGAUGAGUUGUUGAUGCUGGUGGACACGUUUACAAUGAGUGAUGUGGUGCUGCUUGCAGUUGGGAUAGUGUCCAGGCUUUGAUUUGACUGGAAAUGAGAAGAGAAAACAGACACAAUGAAACAAGAAAACACCCACUUAUGAAACCCAGUACUCUGCAGCAGCACCCUCCUCUGUUUAUCAAGCACUUCAAGUAUUGAGUCAUUAAAAUGGAGUAUGCACGGAGACUGUACUCUUAAAAUGUGCACAUUUCCUUCCUAAGUUAGCUCAAUGUUUGGUUUAAUUUGAACUUCAUUGUUUCCCUUAUUAACAGUGAAUCAAUGAAAAAUCCCUCUAAACUUAAAAAAAUAAAAAAAACUACAAACACAGCACUUAACAACUUCAAAGCUACUAGCCUCCCUUAAAAACGUACAGCUGUCUCUCUGACUAAGUGUGGCAUCUGUUCAUUCAUAACCCUAAUGCCAGAAAUUCAAACCAGUUUUUCCAUCACCUCUUUCUUAUUAAGCACCACUAACAACAACAAACUCUCCCUGAAAAAGAAAGUUUACACACUUCGAAAGAGCAAAGUUUAAGAUUUCAUUAAAAAAAUCCACUUUAAUGACUCCAAACACAUCCCUGUUGACCAGUCUUUCCCUGCUCUGCUUUGGGGAACUGCCUGCUCUGUAAGCACACAUGUUUUCACUUACCAUUUUGCUGCUUCCGUCACUCGCUUGUCUUCUGUUUCGUAUCCAGCACCCCGGCACUACAAGUUUGAAUUCAAGGCUCUGAAAAUGGUGCUCUCUGCAGUGAGGCGAUCUCUCACUGUAAGCAGUUUUAUAUGUUUCUGUGAGUUAUACUCCACCAACAUACUUUCAGAGUGACUUCGUGGCCAUGUGAUCAGAUCUUUUCCUCCCCUCCCUUCUUCUCUUUUUUUUCACCACCCUGCAGACUGAGGUCCGUUAAAUCAGAGAGCAUACUGAGUCCGUUGUUUGACUUCCCCCUGAGAUGUAAACUCAGUCUUUAAGUUGGGCUGUGGUGACUGUUUCCUGUAGUUUUACAACUUCAGUUAAGUUAAUUUUGUAAAGUUCAAGUUAUUGUGCAGGAAAAUAAGUUAGCAGAAGCUUCAUUCAGAUCAAGAUUUCUGCUCUGAAACGGAUAUCUUCUUUUUCAAUUCAAAGCCCCUCCUAUUGCUUUCUUUAUGAUUGUGCAAAAAACCCACAGGUGAUUAUUUUUAAACCACGCGCAUCAGUGCUUUGCAUGUAUUGCUGAGGGGGAGUUUUACAUCACUUAGACACUAGGCACGCAAUGCAUCUUAUGCUGGUCUAAGACGUCUGUAGAUGCAGGAAACGUCCCUCAGAGCUGCAGCUCUAAAGGAAGUGAUCCAAACCAGUAUAGCGCAUGUAAGUUCCACCUUUACUCUGUUGUGCUUCAGAACAAUAAAAUGUCACAUUCGGUUUACCACCACCAAGAAUGAAGCAUUUGUGGAGUAAGAAAGAUAAGCUGGCACUGCCCUGGAAACCCCAAUGAUUGUUUAUGGUUACAAAAAAACAUAUUAUAAUUGUACUAAAAUUGUCCCACCAUUCAUUCCCAGUCAGUUGGAGUUAUUUUGGGAAGUCUUAUGAAUAUCACACACCAACACAGAAAAUGAUAACAGACCACAAAGGAAGUUCUGUGAGUGUAGAUAACUUCCACGGGCGUUUUGUUUUGCUUUGUGGUGACAGAUUUCAGAUCCACCCAAUGUACCGAAGGAAGCACGUAUGGAGGAGGGAGAAGAGGACCUGAGCCCAGAGGAGAGGCGGGUCCUGGAGAGGAAGAUGAAGAAGAUCCUGAAAAAGGAGGAGAAGAAGAGGCUGAAAGUCGAGGGAGUGGCCAAAGAGAAAACUGAAGCAUCUGGACCCAGUGCACCUCAGCAGGCCUUGGAUUACCUCACAUGGUAGGUACCUUAUGAAUUCAAGCAGAGAUUAACCUAAAUGAUGAUCUUUUGAUGUCAUUCCUUCAGAAACUGGAGAGAUGGAUGACACAAAGAUGUGUGCGAUUUUUACAAUCAUUUUUUGGUUGGCUAUUAAAAGUAUGGAUCCAGAGGUAUACAAGAUUUGCCAACUACUGCUGGCUAGCAUUUGGUUGAAAGCUAAUAUUGGCCAUCAGGAAGCAGUUGUUGAUUGGUUGAUAAAAAUAAAUUUGCUUGAAAUUCGACCCCAGUAUUUGCUAUUUGUUUUCCUUUCAGUUAUUCAUUAACGGAAAAAGCAGUGGAAUGAUCAUACUUCCCCUUUUUUUUUUUCAAAACUGCUGAUGAAUUAAAAACACAGCGUUAUAAUAUCACAGCAUUUGAGCUUUCCUAGUUUGAGAAAAAUGGCCACCAUAUGAAAGGGAUGAAUGUAAUUCAGUGUAUCCGUCAAAACAAAAAGGAGUCAAAUGGAUCUUCCACCAGUGUGUUUAAAUUCAGGAACGUGUCAGAGGUGAUUUAGAAAAUUACUAACUGGUAUAACUUUGAAGGUUAUACAAUCAUUAAGUUGAGGUUAUUGUCGUCAGGGGAGAAAACCGUUUUAUCACAUCUACUUUGGCUGUGAUUAAACUCAAAGUCUAAGAAACAUCAAAAUCAGUAAAAACAAAAAAACUUACCUCAGAAAUCUCAACAUGGUCUUAUUAACUUGUUUGGUCCUGCUGCUUUUUUAUGCUGUAUUGAGUACAUAUUACUGUGAACACUGAUGAAGCUCAAUUGACUCAUACACCAAAUCAUGAUAUAAAAAGAGAUGUAAAUUCUUAUUAGUUGUAGCCUGUUCAUACAGUGAACAUCAAUGGCUUUCAUUUUCAUUUUAAGUAAUUACACAACCCACAUCGUUUUUAUCUGCAGCUGGGCUGAAAAGCGCACAGAGUGGAAGUUCCAGAAGACCAGACAGACGUGGUUACUGCAGCACAUGUUUGACUCCGAAAAGGUAACUGUUCACUCUGAUACAUACAGUACAGUCUGGUUGGGCCAUAAAUGUCACAGUGCUAUUGUUGAAGGAAUACAACAUGAUCCGUAUUUACUUUGAUAACUACUACAGUUACUCACACAUUCAUGUGUUAGUGGAGGGUGUGUAAUGUUUAAACUAGUGAACAGACAGCUGAUCAUUUCAAACUCUUAGAUUCCAGAUGACAAGUUUUCCUUGCUGAUGCAGUACCUGGAGGGGCUACGUGGAGGAGCCCGAGACACCACAGCACAGAAGGCCUUAGCUCUUAUUGAGGAGUCAGGACAAAUGCCAGAGGACAGUGUUGUCCAGCAGAGGGCGCACCGAGCUAGAGAAGUCAUCCAGCUGCUAACAUAAACAUGCUAUCACCACCACCACCACCAAAGAAAAACAUAAAAUUCACCAGAGCAAGACCUGAACAUGUUGAAGGAUCAGUGGACUAUGUGAAAAUCCUGAUAUGAACCAUGGACUUGUAGCCUUUUAGAAUUGUGCAAGAGGAAAAUUUGUGUUUUUAUUAAAAUGCCAGUUGUGCUAUUUUUUUUUUCUGUGUCUACAUCAGUAAUUCCUCUCCAUGUCUUGAUAUAACAUGUGCAUUGUAGCUUGGUAGUUAUCAAUAACCUAAACCUUUUUCAUAAAGUUUAAUUUCAACACAUCAUAUUUUCCACGUAGUUGUUGACUUUUUACUUCUCAGAAAGUCCGGUCUCACUAUCACAAUGUGGUGAGAUUUAAAUCCCUCAAGAAGAAACACAAAUCUGGAAAAAUGUCGCAGUUCAAAGUCUCUGGAAUGCUUGCAGCGGAGACGUGUCUGUACAUGUCAAAUCCCAGCAUCUGUGCAGUCACUGAUGAGCUUCACCUUCUCAUCCACUGAUGGUAUAACCAUGAUUGACAUGUUUUGGUUUUACAAAUACCUUACAACAAGAACUCCUUCAAACAGUGAAAUGGUGAAGAAUUCUUUUUAUAAUCUACACCAUUUGGCGGAAAAAAAGUCUCAAAUUUACAUUACAACUUGCAACUUGAAAGUCACCAUUUUAAGGAAGGAAACUGUGUGCGGUUAAAACAGGUGACAUAACUUCCCCUGUACACUUAUAUUACAAACUUAGGUUUAACAAAUGAUUGAUGCUUUCCCCGUGUUAAGCUAUACCAUGAUCUGCUUAGUUUUACAUACUUUUACAUUUUGGAGGAAAAUACUGAUUUUUGUACAAUUGAAGCACAGUGCUUUACAUCCAGCAUAUUUCUUGAAAUCUAUUUUUGAUUGUAGGUUUUUCUCUACUUGGUACAGAUUUCCAUAUUUUUGGUUUCAAACUCAUAAAAGUUAAAGGAUAUGUUUGAAGAAAAUUCUUCCCUUCUUUUCAAACCCUGUUUUGUCUUGUAAAAUAUUUGUAGUCAAGAUUCAAUGUUGAGAUCUUAAAUAAUUCAAAACAUUUGGUCUCUUUCAGUAGUCCACUUGCCCUUAAAAACCACAUUUAAUUUUAAAUAUGCAGCAUUUUCACAGAUUUUGUCAACAAUAUUAUCCUCUCACAAGUGAGUCUUGGAAAAAAAAUAUUGCUAGUGUUUUGACAUAAAAAAAGAAAAGUCUGUAAAA